AUGUUUCGAAGCCGGAAGUUAAAGGUUGUGUCAAAUGCCAUCAAGUCGGCUUCCAGCAGCGAUGUAUCCGCUGGUCUGAACUCUAAAAUGUUUGAAGUUCGUGAAAUUAGCCGUUACGGUAUGAAUGGGAGUGUAAAAACUUUCGCAUUCGACCCAGUCCAGAGUUUACUGGCGAUAGCUACUGAUGCUGGCGAGAUUCACGUUUUUGGUAAACAACAGGUUGAGGUGGUUUUUACCCUAGAUUCAAAAACUAUUAUUAGGGAGCUUCGAUUUGUUAAAGGAAUUUACCUGAUAGCAAGAGAUUCCAAGGACUCUAUUUUGAUAUUGUCGCUUUAUUCUAAGAAGGUUUUGACAGCAUUCUACGCGCCAGGUAAGAUUUCAUGUGUUGAAACCGACCCAUCUCUCGAAUGGAUUUUAAUUGGUUUACAGAGCGGCGCCACAGUGAUAUAUGACAUUGACAAGGAUUGCUUAUCUCCACUUCGAAUUGAAAACCUGCAAAAGGCUUAUAUGCCGAAGGCACAUCUUUCGCCAGUUGUAUCUAUUCAAUGGAACCCUAGAGAUUACGGCACCAUCCUUAUUUCUUACAGGCUUGUGACAGUAAUUUACUCAUUGGUUGAAAAUAAUGUGAAGCAGCACUUUGUUUACGAACUUCCACCAUAUGCGCCUGGCGGGGACUUAACAGGAAAUCUGGAUGUUUGCAGAACACCGCCAGUAACCCAAUCGUUAUACCACCCAAACUCUCUACAUGUUAUGACCGUUCACGAGGAUGGUUCCCUCGUCUUUUGGGACGCAAAUAGCGGGAAAUUGAUCCAGGCGAGAACACUUUUUGACACCGAUGUUAAUGAACCUAGAAAUGCCAUUAACAGGGCUACCGUAAAACCUUCUCCCAUACUGCAGGUCUCCUGGAUUUGCAAGGCUAACCCAGAGUACACAUCUCUGCUGAUUGCUGGGGGCUCUAUCGAUGGUGAGCAAUCUUGCCAUAACUUAACCAUGAUUGAUUUAGGAGUAACCCCCAUGUACUCAAUGACAUCUUAUGAAAAAAUGAGUACUUACUACGCUAAUCCUAUCCAACAAAAGAUUUUCCCCAUACCAAACGAAGCAUCCGUGGUGGGGUUUUUACCAUUGGCACGUAAAUCAUGCCACUUCUCGGGUAAUCAUGACCCGGCAGUUAUACUGGUCUUGCUUGAUGACGGCGAAAUAGAAACACUUCUCUAUCCCUCCGGCAGUGUCUCAUACAAAGCAUCGCUAUUUCCACAAAGCAUAUCAUGGAUUAGGCCUGUCGCUACUAAGUGCGUCGCAACUUCUGUGCCUAAGAAACUGUGGCUGGGAAUGAUGUCCUCGACCUACAACAAAGAUUUCUUGCUUAAAGGAGGCGCACCUGUCAAGAAGCCACUGAGAGUUCAUGACACAAGAUCAGCGCUAGCCACUGGCCACAAAAAUGGGUCCGUGAGAAUCUGGGACGCUUCACACGGAGAGUUGGAUGACAGUUCCGUUUUCGACGUUAGCGUAUCACACGCCCUAAAUAAAGCGGACGGCGUAGCAAUCAGCGAUAUAUCGUUUGCUUCUGAAACCGCAGAAUUGGCUGUCUCCACUGAGGAGGGUGAUGUUGUUUUGUUUAAAUUUCAAGCAAACCAGUUCUUUGGUGCUAGUGAGAGCACCAAUGAGAUGGAGAUCAAUUUCAGGAGAUUUUCAUUGAGUAAAACAAAAGAAGUCAUUGUUGAUAUAUCAGAUAGAGCACCUCGGAAGCUACGAGAGGGGUUCAUGCCAAUAUGCGCUAUCCACGCAGAAAUUGGUAAGGUUUCAUCGCUGAAGAAUAGUAAUAUUGGUUUCGUGGGGAUUGGCUACGAGGAUGGUACAUUUAUGGUCAUUGAUAGAAGGGGUCCAGCCUUAAUCUUUUCCUCAAAUAUUAGGAAGACUACUCAAGAGAAGAGCUCUUUUGUCACUUGUAUUGAUUUCUCCAUUGCUCAAUUUGGGGAGGAAAAGUACUCCAGUAUCCUCAUUUCUUGUGGAACAGACGCGGGUGAGGUCUUGAUUUUUAAAAUACUUCCCGAUCCUAGUGGGCGUUUCAUGGUCCAGUAUGUUGAUCUGAUGAAAACUAAUGACAAUGGCCCUAUCGUUGCUCUUGAAUCUACCAGCAAAGAAACGGGCGCAUCCUGCUCUGCUACCAUACCAUUGAUGCAAGAGCUUUCUAAAGGAAUUCCAGUUCCUGCAUUUACGAUGGCUUGUGGGGCAUACGAUAUUCGCUUGUUCACUGCUGGAAGGUCUAGAGAUACGCAUAGAGUUUACAAAUGUCCAAUUGCAACCGCUGGUCAGUCCUUUAUACGCUUGCCACAAGGAGAAAAGAGCACCAAACAAUUUGCGACUGUUAUUGUGUGCUUGUUGACUAACGGAGAAAUUAAGAUUCUCAACGUUCCAGAGCUCAGAGAAUUGAAGUCCACUGCCAUGCCCAUGCCGGUACAAGCUAAGUACAUCCGAGAGUCGUCUAUACUGCGAAAUGGUGAUAUAGUCGUUCGUGUUGGGAAGUGUGAGGCUAGUCUUCUGACGGCGCUAAAGCAAACAGCUUCCAACGCUGACGGAUCCGAUAUGGAUUUGGCAAACGGCGCUACCGAUUCUUUAUACAACCCUGUUCUGCGCAUUGAGUGCAGACCGCAGGUUAAUUCUUUACAGUGGGUGCGCGGAUCAAUUCACGUUAAAAGAAGUGAUCUGGACAAGCUGAUGGGGACCGACGUCAAGCCGGCCAAAUAUGAAGAAGCUACCAUCGCGAAUGGCACCAUAUCCCACGAUCCCCAAGAAAAGGUCGAGAAUUCGCACCAGCUUUCUCCUACAUCUUCUACCCACCAUUAUAAAGCUCCUGUGCGACAUGCCACCAGAGGAGAAGGGUACGUCAAUAUGAAAUCAUUGUCACGGGCGAUGGAGAAUGGAAUGGACAACUUGGAGGGCCGGUUCAACGACUACGCUGCUGCUACAAGUGAGUCAAUCAAUCAAGCCCUUGAGCAGACAGGCUCAGACCUCGUGAAGGGAGCUUUUAAGGCCAAGAUGGGCUUUUAA